UGACGGAUAUGGGCCAACCCAUAAGGAGAAGACCUUCCAGGUGGGAAGAUCUGAAGAAAGAGACAUUUGCAAGAGUUUUUCUGGGGUUCUGGGAUUUAAAAAAAGUGAAUAAAUCCACAGGGAGCAGAAAGGCACUCAGGAAAGAAUCCACACAGGGAGAAGCCGUAUAAAUGUUCAAAAUGCAGCAAAGCAUGAAUGCAAAAUCCACUCUGAUUAAACACGAGAGGUCCCUCAAAGGAGAGAAGCCGUACGAAUGCACCGAAUGUGGAAAAGCUUUUGGGGAAAAGGGGAUUCUGGUGAAGCACCUGAGGAUCCAUGUGGGGGAAAAGCUGCAUAAAUGCUCCGAGUGUGGGAAAAGCGUCAUUGAAAGAGGUGCCCUCGUCAAACACGAGAGGACCCGCAUAAGAGAGAAGCUGUAGGAAUGCUCCAAGUGCAGGAAAAGCUUUCAGACCAGUUCCCAGUUGAAAGCGCACAA